AUGGUAGCUAAAUUAGCCUCAGCUUUUAUAGAAAGAUGUUCUAGUUAUUCCGAUUUGAUGGAGAAGACUCUCGGAAAUGAUCCAGCUGCUUACACUUACGGAGUGUUAUCAGAGCUAUUUUUUUUUGUUGCCAACUUGGGAGUUAUUCUUAUUCCAGGUAUGGAUUCUGGAACUGCAUUGAUGAUAAGAGGCAUUUCAAGCAUGAUAAUAGCUUUAAUUAUGUCUAAAGCUCAAGGUAUUCCUCUCCACUUAAAUUCUCACUUGUUUAAGGUUGUAACGAUUAGGAAUUUUUUUGUAGGCUUGCACAUUUUGAUGAUAUUUUACUGCAUUGGUAAACUCCCUGUUUCCUUGAUUUAUAUUAUUGAGCAAACUGCCCCACUAUGGAUAUUCAUCAUUAAUUACUUUUAAUAUGGACUCUAAAUUCGUAUUAAAGAUAUUUUUAUUUUUAUUGCUUCAAUGCUUGGUGUUUGCAUGAUUACUUUUCCUCAGACAUUUUCUUAAAUACUUUCCUCAGUAUUCUCUGCUUAACAGUAACCAGAAUAAAAUAGUAAUAUCUAAUAAAAUGGUGAAACAACUUCAAGCGAUAAAUACUACUAAGGCACUGCGCGUUUAAUUUUAGUUAUUAUCUAUUCCAUGAGCAUGAUUUCAUUUAGCUUCGGACUGCUCUAUAUCAAGAAGGCUAAGGAACACCUUUCUGUGAUAUAAAUUAUCUUCAACCAAGGUACCCACUUUUGGUUACUAUCUUCAAUAUAGUUUUAAUAUUUAAUUUUCGGCUCUGUCCUUUCUCUUAAUUAAAAAGAAGUAGGAUUAUCUUUUUAAUUAACAGCUGAAACAAUAAUUAAUGGGAUGAUAUUGAUUGGUACUUUCUCUUAUAUUUAUUAAAUUAUGUACUUGAGAGGAUCAAUAAUUACAACUAAUCACGGGAAAUAUGCUAUGACAGGCUACAGUGCUGUUUUAUUUUCUUACAUUUAUGAAAUUUUAAUUUUAGGAGAAUUACCAAAUUUUCUAUAAAUAAUUGGCUUAGUAAUAGUCGUUGUAGCCUUAUUAAAUAAUUGA